AUGCCUUUUCCCUUCGUUCUUCCCACAACUUCGGCCUUCUCGUUCUCAACCAACUUCAACAGCGACAGUCACCCCUCAUUGCCCCUUAGCGCUAGCACAUAUCGCGGGGUCGUCAGGGACGCUCUGAAGAAACACAAACGCCUUCCACCAACAUCGCAGUCAUCCCACAUCUCCACCGUCAUUGGAGCUCUCAAUGGCUACAUCCCCUACAUACUAGCCGUCGACGCUGGUCUCAACCCGAACUCUCAGUUUGGCGAUGGCAUCAGACUCAAUGCCAGCUCCUCGCCUUCCAUCGAAUGGCGACCGACGCUCUCAGAUAACGCAGUACCCGGGCGUGAGCGCUCAAGAGUGAAGGUCCAGUCAAUUGACCAUGAGAUUGCUUUUACGCUCUCUACCUUGGCCAACUCGUACACCUUGGUUGCCCGAACCGCUCUCCAUCCGUUAUUUGUCACAACAGGCGCGGCGCUUGACUCCCAGCAACGAACUGGGGCAAUCCAGACUGCAACCAAAUACUUGCUAGACGCUGCAUCGAUAUACGAUUGGCUAGCUAUCCGAGCAGAGAGAGUGCAAACAGCCCCUCCUUGCAGCGAUGUCUCUCCCUCGACCCUUCGCGCAAUGUCCUCUCUCGCGCUUGCAGAGGCAACACUUCUCGCUGUUCUGAAGGACGACCCUUACCCGGCCAUUGUCAACCAGGACCGCAACAAAAAUGAUCGAGAAUGGAUGUACAAAGCCCCUGACAUCCCAAAGGUCCGCGCCCACCUCUUUGCCCGCCUAUGCCUUGCCGCCGCAGAACACGCAGCCCAGGCUUCCUCCCUGUGCCAGGCUGCGGGUCGAGGUACAAGUAAGAUCGACGAGGGCCUUCUUCGUUACCUUGAAGACCUACGAAGAACAUGCCGUGCGAAGGCUUGCCGCUUCUUUGGCAUUGACGCCGAGAUCGGGGGCCAAGUCGGCACGGCAAUCGCCUGGCUGGAGGCUGGACUGCAGGAGCUCGGUAUUGAAUCCAAGCACUCAGCGAAGGGAUCUGGAUUCAGCCGCUUCAAGAAGGAGUGGACCGAGAAGCGUGAAGAGCGUAAGGUCGAAAAAGAGACGGCAUGGGGCGCAGACGGCGGCAAGGCUGAAGAGACGAGAGUGAUUGAGUUCCUUGAGACUAAGUGGCGGAAGCUCAACGAUACCAUGAAUGUUCAAGUCAUACCUCCAGUGGGACCUUUAUUGGCUCAGAUGCCGUCUGGCCGCGAAAUCCACACUCUCAGGCCGUAUCAGCCUCCCACAUUGGAUCGUAGCAUCCUAGAAGCUAUGCGAGCGCCGCCAGAGAGGAACGAUGACUACGGAGAUGCUUUGAGCUCUGACGAUGAGGCAAAGGGUCAUGCCGGUCCCCCGGGAGGUUUUCCUGAGUCGCGGCCAGAGUACAGGAGCGCGAGCACGUCCUACUACUAG